CCCGAGCUUGGGGAAUCUCUGGCCUUUAAGCAACCUUUGCCCCAAGCAAUUCCCCUUCUCUCUAUCUCUCCAUUUAUACGAGCUCCGAAAGGAUGACUUCGCUUGUCGUCUUGAUCAGUGUCAUGUGCGAAUCGCACAGUUUCACGGCUCCAGAAUGCCUCAAGGAAAGGCCGUCACGCACGCGGACCUCGCGCCAAGCCGCGGGAGGACCCGCCUGGGCAGCAAGACGGGCGCUGCCCUCGUCAUCUUGACGAUUCUGUGCGGCCUGUUCAGCUUCAUUCUCUGCCUAGUCGCUGAAGCGACCCGUUCGCAGGUGACUUGGGAAUCCAAUACUAACAGCAGUGAAGAGGGCGGGCCGGGGAACUACGAUUGCGUGUACAGUGGGAGCGGGAAGAUGCCGCUGUUGUCGGCGGCGGCCGCAUUCCUGAUAUUGGCGGCAGCCAUGGUGGUCGAGCACACCUACCUGUUGAUCGCCAUCAGCAAAUUGCCCCCUUCUUCGCCAGCUUUCGCCGCCAGGACCCUCACAUGGCAUGCUGCGUUCUUCUUCGUCUCCACCUGGAUUUCUUUUGCAGUUGGGGAGAUCCUUCUGCUGAUUGGGCUGAGCGUCGAGUCGGGCCACCUCAGGAAUUGGGCCAGGCCGAGGCCCGCUUGCCUUGUCAUCCGAGAAGGCCUCUUCUGCGCCGCCGGCGUUUUCGCCUUGGCCACGGUCUUCCUAGCCGCCGGCCUAUACUUGACCGCCCUACGCACCGAGAAGGCAUUCCGAGAGCAAGAAAUCGCGCGGCAGGAGAUGCUCGAGGCCUCGGCACUCUACGCGUCCCCGCCCCGGUCGCCACCACCCCGCAUCGCAGCCGUCAAUCGCGAGGACCCCGCAACCGGAGGCGGUCAUCAGGGUCAGCAGCAUCCCACUUUUGGGUUCCAUUCAGUCUUCAGCAAGUUCUCUGAUGUGGUGUGAGCCAAGUGUAUAUAAUCCCUUGGGGGCUUGGGGAGUCAGUUUUUAUUGGGCAAGUUUCUAGGAAACAUACAAGUCAGGUAAUUUUCUUUUUUCUGAGAGUAAAAAGGUGAGAGGCUUCAUUCAUUAAAGUCUGUGAAUAUUCGCUUUCUUUUUGCUUAUCAAAUAAUCUACACAA